GACGACGUACGCAGAUUAUAUGCAGUGUAAUCUGGCGGCAAAGUCUGGGGAAAUGUAUCUACCAACGUUGAUUCAUCUGACAUGUCUGAUAGGGUACUUCUUGCAGAGCCGGCCACUGUUUCGACAAAGAGGGACGAAACGUCUCAAGCCCGAAAUGUAAUUUGGGACAAGGUGCUCCUGCAACCCAGAGCGAGGCCGCAGUCGCGUUUCUUCACGCUUGUCGUACUCCUCUCUGCCGCCCUGACACUCGCCACCUUCCUUCCGACCUAUCUCACGCGUGACGCGACGCUCCUCCAAGCGGCACGCCCGCUGGUUGCGCACAGUGACCCCGCGAACGAGUGGAAGGACGACGUCUGGCCGCUGCGCCCGCCCACACCUUGGGAUAUCUCCACGGACUUCCCGUACCCCCGCAAGCUCGACUACGAUGUCACCCAAGGGACAUGGAUCCGCUUGGACGUGAACCCGAAGAGUGGAGAUAUCGUGUUCGACAUGCUCGGCGACACCUACUGCAUACCCGCGAGCGCGUACAAGGACGGCGUCGGCGAGCGCACGAGGGCUCGCCCAGUCCUGCUUGGCGUGCCGCACGACUCUGACCCUCACUUCUCGGCGGACGGAAGCAAGGUCGUGUUCCGUAGCGAUGCACAACUUGGUGUGGAGAAUAUCUGGAUGACGACAUGGAAGGGAUGCGACGCAAUGGACGUUCGCCCGCACGACGCUCGCGGUGAACUGCAGCUUGCUUUGGCUCGGCAAAAUGAGGAGGAAGAUGCUCUGGCAAGAGGUGUCAAAGAGACUGAAUCGGAAAAGGAGAGACGACUUCUGAGGGAAGGAAGGUUGCAUGCUCAUCGAGUCACCAACGAGACAUACCGUACGGUCUCUGACGCUCGCUUCCACCCAUCUGGCAAAAAGGUCAUCGCGACCAAAUGGUAUACCUCCAGGUACUGUCUCGGAGCCGAAGAAGGCUGGGAAUACGAGAUUCCCGACGCGUUCGACACCAAGAUCGAGGCGGGGAGCGGCAAGCGCGUGGUUUCGAGGACGCUUCCUCUCGGUUGGAGUUCUGAGGACUACGGUGACCAGCAAAUCGGCCCGGAACAAUUCAUUUGGAAUGACGAAGACAGUUUGAUCUAUGUGAAGAAUGUUAUCGACGCCGACACGCUCACGUACAGCAAGGACGUGCACUCUGGUAUCUACGCCAUAUUCUCUACCAACCUUACGAGCCAGACGACGACGACGUUGGUGGGCUCCCUCCCCGGUGGUGCUAGCCGGCCCGAGCUCUCUCGCGAUGGUCGGACUCUGGCGUUCGUCCGUCGGGUGCGAGACAAGGAGGCUCUCGUGCUCAAGGACCUUGUCACCGGCAGUAUUCAUCAUGUCUGGCACGGUUUGACCUACGAUCUGACCACUAUAUCUGCGCCAAUGGGCACCUACCCAUCCUUCGCUUUCACACCCAAGGAUGACGCAAUCAUUAUCUGGGCUGCCGGUCAGAUUUACCACGUCCCGAUUUCGACAAACUCACGAGGCGAGCGCACGAAGGCGAAUGCGUCUCCUUCGCCUAUUCCAUUCUUGGCACACGUAGAGAAGCGCAUCGCUGAUACAAGGAACAGUGAUACGGACAUCCUCGCCAUCGAGACCCACGACACGCAGCGCGUGUUCCAAGCGGCGGGUGUCAACUACGUAUACGACGUCGAGGACGAAACGGUGGCGGCUGUGCCGGUGCUGGACAAGCAGGCAGCGUACUUCUCGCCGUCGUUCGUACCGAACGCGGAGGACCUAGUGGUGCAUGCACGGUGGUCGGACACGAACUUUACGACGUUUGAGAUCGCGAAUGUCAGCUCUGGCGACGCGUACGAAGUGACCGGGCUUCCUCUCGGACGGUACUUCUCUCCGGUGUUGUGCGAAUGCUCCGGGCGGCAGAGGCGGAUCGCCUUCAUGAAAGCUAGCGGAACUUACCUCUCGAAGGACGUCACCCUCGCCGCAGCCACCGGUCUGUACCUCGGCGGAACCUACCUCUCAGGGGACAUCGUCGCCACCGCGGGCGCCGGUCUGUGCAUCGCCGACCUGGUCCUGCCGUCCAGCCCGUCGCUCGUCCAAAACACGCUCGAGGUCAAGAACGUGCAGUUCGUGUCCUCGGCGCCCGUGCAGGACUCGCCGCCGCAGACCAAGAGGAGCCACGCCUUCAUCAUCGACCUCGCGGCCGGCCCUGACGAGUACGGCGAAUACGUGCACGAGACGGUCGCGAGCGGCGCGAUGUCCACAGAGCUCGUCGUGAACCCGCGCACAUCCGAGGUCGCGUUCGUCGACUUCAUGCACGUGUACCACGCGCCGGAGGUGGCGGCCGACGAGGCGGUGUGGAGCAAACCUGGAAACGCGACGAAGGGCGUCGCGCGGCUGAGUUUGGACGGAGGGCAUGAUGUGGUGUGGAGGCCGUAUUUGCACUCCGUUGAAGUCUCCUCCUUGGGCAAGUGCUCGUCCGAGAUUGCAGAUGACACACUCAACUUCGGGAUAUCAUGCACGAAGAAGCUGGUCGAGUUCUCUGAGAUUGUCGUCAGGUACCCGUCGGACGUGAGCCGUCUCAAGGCUGACGCUAUGGCUGCCCUGCACACCAACGACGAGCAGGCGUUGGCGAAUGCCGAUGUCCUUGUCUUUACGAAUGCCACACUGCUCACUAUGGAGUCUGGAAGCCUCUUGCAGGAUGUAAUGCACGAUGCGGUCCUUGUCUCUCGAGGUGGCAGGGUCGAGGCAACCGUGGGCAUUGAGGACUACGUUGUCCCGCACGGUGCGACUGUGAUCAAUGCCGAGGGCGGUUACAUCGUCCCUGGCUACAUCGAUAUUCAUGCCCACUGGGCUGGGUUCGCUGACUUUUUCCCUGCGAAGUCAUGGGAAUUGGAGACGUUCCUCGCCUAUGGCGUCACCACGCUGCACAACCCCAGUGCAACCAGCGUCCGUGGCUUCUGGGAGCGCUUCCGUGGCUUCUGGGAGCGCUUCCGUGUCGAGCGAGGCCAGGAGAACGGGCCGCGCAUCUUCCAGGUUGGCGACAGGAUCUACGGCGCAGGCGCACCGGGGAUCCACCAGGACAUCACGACGAUGGACGAGGCGUAUGCUGCGCUGGUCCGCAUCAAGGCUGAGGGCGGGCCGGCGAGCUACUCGUACAAGAACUAUAAUCUCCCGUCGCGCGCAACCUGCAUGACCACGAUCGAGCACGCGCUGCCUGUGCCGCAGCUCUACGACGACAUCUUGACGCUGUUUGUGCGCAGCGGUACAGGUCUAACACCGACGCACGUCGUCAACUACGGCGGUGUGUUUGGAGAGCAGUAUGUCUGGGCGACGGAGGAUGUCCCGAACGACCCCAAGCUGCGGCGGUUCACGCGGCACGGCAUUCUCGAGGCCCUCUCCGAGUCCACGGCGCGCCCAAAGAACUCGUACGCACUGUUCAACACCUCGGAGUCAACCGCAAAGAUGGUGCGCAUGGGCCUGAGGGCGCACAUCGGCGCGCAUGGCGAACCCCCGCUGGGCCUGAACUACCACGCCGAGAUGUUCUUCGCGCAGCGGGGCGGCCUGUCUAACUACGAGGUCAUCCGCGCGGCGACGUUCGACGCCGCGAAGACGCUUGGCAUCUAUGGGUCGCUGGGGUCGCUGACGCCGGGCAAGCUCGCAGACUUGGUGGUGUAUCCAUCCGUGUUUGACGUGCUGGAGGGCGACAUCAGGAAGACGAGGGACAUCCGGUACGUCGUGCGUGGCAGCAAGGUCUGGGACGCGGAGACGAUGACCGAGGUCUGGCCUGUCAAGGGCAGGAAGCAGGUCAUGCCUCUGAUUAAUCCAGAGUGAUUAUUUCGGCUUUUACAUGGUGCUGUAGACUAAACGCAAUAAUCGCACUGCUUGUUAACCAGAAUCAUGUACUACUACAUUGCACCUAAGAAUUGGCUUGUUGCUAUGCUAGUCUUGGAUUACAGGUCGAACUCAAAGUCAGAGUCGUCGUCUUCCUUCUUCCUAAUGUUCUUUGGCGUCUUGGCGUUUGUACUUGUGACAUGCGAACGCAUUCUCGACGACGGCUCGUCAUCUUCGUCAUCGUCAUCGUCCUUGUCGUUCUUUUUCCGACCGGGGCCACCGCGCUGCGGGACGAUUGCACCCGCCAGGAUGAGCACGGCCUCGAGCUCUUCAAUCUUGCGCUCUCGGUCAGCACCCCAGGCCACAAUCUGGUUGAUGACCUCGCCCUUCCGGUAGACGAUGAACAUCGGCAUUCUAGUGUCUGGAAGGUUCGGUAUGCACUUGUCCCCCACGAUCGAAACAAACUUUGUAUGUGGGUGCCUUUGCCCGAGGGUCCGCACAUGCUCAAACGCGCGGUCGCUGCGUGGCAUGCUAGGACACGGUCGGUUAUAA